UGCAUGCAAUCAUGACCAAAUAGAGUAUUAAGUUAUGACUGUCCAUAUUUAUAAGGGCUUGCAUGUUCAGCCUAUAAAUCAAGCUGCUCUAAGCCUGCAAAUUCAGUUAAUUGUUAAGAUUUAAACUUAAACAGCUAACGGGAGAGCUAACGACGGUUAUUGAGAUGAAGAUUAUUCUAUUUCUAGCAUUCACUGCUGCUCUCUUGCAGAGCUUGGCUAAUGGGCAGUCAGGGGUUGAUAGGACAAGAGAACCAGAGGCAGCAGGGACUGAUGUUGUUUUUGCAUCCAUAUCAAUCAUUCGAGACUCAAUAAUUUUUGUCAAUGACAAUCGCUUUUUGCGGAGACUGGCUUAUGUAGAGAGUCGUGAUGGAGUAGACAUCAACACAUACAGGCCUGGCUACUUCGGAGGAAUUUGGCAAGUAGAUGAAGCGGUUUUCAACGAAACACAAAACCUGAACUCAAACCCAGAACUCUCAAUUUUUUACAGAGACAUACUUUUGGAGUUUGGAAUUGACUGGACCCAAGUAACAUGGCAAGAUUUGCUGGCACCAUUUUUCUCUGCCCUUGCAGCUCGUAUAUAUCUCACCACUAUCAGUGCUUCUAUACCUGAGACAGGAGACUUGGAGGCCCAGGGACAGUACUGGUUGGACCAUUAUUCUGAUGUUCCCACUGACACUGUGCAACUCUAUAUUGACGGUGUGAAUGAGUUUGAGCUAGAAGAGUGUCCUAUUCGAGGCAUCGACCUGGCAUUCGUGUUCGAUUCCUCGGGCAGUGUGGGAAGGACAAAUUUUGAACUGGAAAGGCAGUUUGCCAUUCAAGUUACAAACACCUUCAACAUAGGACCUGAACAAACCAGAAUAGCAAACAUUGCUUACAGCGGAUUCGCAAGGAUAUCAUUUUUCUUGGACACGUUUGCAAAUCGCUCAACUGUGACGGAUGCUCUCAGGCAAGUGGAAUAUUUCAAUAUUGAAGUGCCGCCUGGUAGCAGGCGUGGUACAAAUACAGCCGAUGCUUUGACUAGGCUCAGAAACGAAGUGUUUACUGAAGAAAGAGGCGCUAGAGAGGGAAGAUUUGGUAUCCCUCGAGUUGCUGUUGUGAUUACCGAUGGCCGAUCUAAUGUCAAUCGAAGUGAGACCAUCCCGUCUGCUCAGCGUCUCCAUAACGACAGUGUAAUCGUGUUCGGCGUUGGUGUGGGGAAUAGAAUCAACAUGGAUGAAUUGCAAGCAAUUGCAUCUGCUCCCCAAUACAUGGUGCUGUUGAAAUCCUUCGAUGCUAUUGAGUUUGCUACUCUACAGAGGACCAUAAGUGCUGAAGCCUGCAUUGUUCCGGCACCUAUUGACAUUUCAGAGGAGAUUGAGGGCAUUCUGUUUCUAGGAGACUCGUCAUUCUUCGAGUUUCAACUACCGGUUAUGGGGAUGACCCUGCGAUUAGAGGGCCAAUCAGGUCGCUCUGUCAUGUAUGCCUCAAGCAAUAUACGAAAUCCAAAUUCGGCUUUCUACGAGUUUCGCUAUGACUCUCAGGAGGAUGCUGGUGGGCUGUUUAUUAGUGCUGAUAUUUUGGGAGGUGGUGAAAGAAGAAAGAGACUCGUUGGUGAAUUGGGUGCCUCUGAAUUCACCGACACAACUCUAUAUGUGACAGUGCAAGGACUGGAGGACCGAAAUGUCUUCACGAUGUUGACUACCUUCGGGAAUACAUCAUCCUCUCCCAAGCUGAUGGCUGGACUGAGCACUGUGAUUGUGUUGCUCUUCAUUGCACUAGCUAGUCUUCUCUGAGUACAUACGUAACACACCAAACCCUCUGUUUUCAGUAUAUUAUAUGCUCGUAUAUAUCCAGUAUGGAAAACAGUUUUGUAAUGUAGGGUAUUUAUGAUGAAUGAAAAUAUUGCGUGUUCAUUAAUUAGGAGUUCAGUUCAAUUAAGCCCACACACAAGAACAAUUACGUAAAUUAUUUUAGCCUCUGCAUUCACUAUUAUUUUUAUCACCACCUGAUUUAAUCAGUGAUUAGUCAGAUACUAUUUAAUAUUACGCACUUGUUAAAGAAGUCAA